ACAAUGACAACGACAACAACAAAAACAACCAUAACAAGCAAGUGCUCCUUGCUUAAUUGCUCGGAAACAAAACGCAACAUUUACUGAGGAGAGUGCUGUUAAAUAUAUUUUGUAAAGUGAGCUGCUACGCCUAUCCUUAGAACUUAGUAGAGAAAGCACGUUACCCGAUUGUGAGUGGACCUUCAGUUCUUCUGGCUCAAACUGGAUUGAAACUGCUUUUGACGUAAGGAAACUUGUUCACCUGUCACUAGCCUGGUCAAAGUACGAUGCCUCAAAAAUCGGCAAGUGGUGCAGUCAAGCAGGUUGGCGGCCGUAAGGUUGCAUUUAGCGGCAAAAAAAAGAAAGACCAACUAAAAAUGAAACGACAAAAGAAGGCAGGGAUCCAAAUGGGUCCAGCAGGGGACGAUGCAUCUGAAGGUGAACGCGAGCUGGGAGAUCGCGUACUCCGGAUUAACGAUAUGGGAAACCCCACUGGAAGGAACACAAGGUAUGCGUUGAUUUUUCAGCAGCAGACCAAAGAAGAAAUGGACGAGAUCAAGAAAAGGGUCCGGAGGCCAUUCAAGUUCCUUGGAGAGGAGGCAUUGUACCUCGUUCGUGAUACAGAUCCGCUGGGGAUGCCACGGCGUCCUGUGUGGGAGCAUGGUUGGUCAAAAGAAAAAUUGGACGCCCACGAGAACAAAUAUUUCAGAGAAUUCACACGCAAGUUGAUGCAAACACAACCAUCUUUGUCCUAUUUCGAGCUCAAUCUGGAGACGUGGCGUCAGCUCUGGAGAGUCAUAGAAAUGUCGGAUGUUCUCUUGCUUAUUGCCGAUGUGAGAUACCCCUUGAUACACAUUCCUCUAUCGCUUCUUGAGUAUAUUGGAGACCUCGGCAAGCGUGUUAUUAUAGUACUAAAUAAGGUGGAUUUAGUUGAUCCUGAACUUGCAGCCUCGUGGAUUACAUUUCUCGAAAAAGAGCACUCCGGAGUCAAGGUUAUACCCUUUGCUAGUUACGCGGGAUGCAAGGCCGUCGGCAAACAUGGGCGUGGCAAAAUGCGAACCCCACUACACUCUUGUUUAGCACUCUUGGAUGCCGUCAAGAGUGUACUCGGAAGUGAAGCUGCCAAGAUCGACUUAUCGUCGUGGGAGAAUAAGAUUCGUGAAGAUUGUGAGUUACAUGGAAGUCAGGUUGACCAUGAUUCCGAACUCGAGGUGGGAGAGGUGAUCGAACAGGACGACGUCGUACUAUCGAGUCGUUUUCAGGAGGGACUGUUUCUGACUCUUGGCAUGCUUGGGCAUCCUAACGUCGGAAAGAGCUCUCUUCUUAACGCCCUAAUGGGCAAAAAGGUUGUGUCAGUUUCUCGGACACCUGGUCACACGAAGCAUUUUCAAACCAUCUUUCUCACAAAACAGCUUCGCCUUUGCGAUUGCCCGGGACUUGUUUUUCCAACGAAACAUCCACGAGAGUUGCAGGUAGUUUCUGGCAGCUUCCCGAUUGCCCAGCUUCGGACACCUUUGGCAGCAGUCGAAUAUGUUGCGCAAAGAAUCCAUGUGGAGCGGAUUCUCAGAUUACCAAAGGUGGAUACCGAUGAGUCGGAUUGGUCUGCGUUCGAGAUUGCCGAAUCAUGGGCGGAAAAGAGAGGUUUUAUAACGGCUAGGACAGGCCGGCCUGAUGUCAACAGGGCUGCGCAUCAUUUAUUGAGGAUGGUGCUGGACGGCCGAACCCUCUGUGUAGCUUUUAGGCCCCCUAAAGAGGAACACGAUCAACAGCCUGAUAAAAAGCUUAUUAAUAAAAUCUUAGAGAUUCGAGGCGUGAAGCGCGAGGCGUUGUCGGACGUCGAUGAAAACGACGAGUCUGAUGUAGAUUCGGUAGAUUCUGAAGGAGGGGACGGAACCGCUGAUGAGGAGAGUGGCGAUAAUACAGGAGAUAAUAUCAGCUGUAAAAAAGGUGAAGCCUCAGGUGCAGAGAAGAAAAUCAUGAACAGAUUUGCGGCUCUUGUUGCUGACGACGACGAUGAUGAUAACGAUGAAUGAGGAUAAUGCUCCGAAAGACUAAAAAAAAACUGUAAAAAUAAGAAUAACUAUGGCUAAAGAAGAUGCAAAAUAGAAUUUACAUAAACAAAGUGCCUCUUCCCAUAUUAUCGCAGCACCCGAAUGUGGGAAUGGUCAAAAGUCAAGAAUAUACACCAAGAUUUAAAAAAAAACAACUGUUCUCAAAUUAUUUUUCGUUUAUAAAUAAUUUGUCCCUCGAAAGCAUCUUUUUUUUUAUCGUUUAAACGAGAUGAGUAUGUGAAGUUGUCCCUACUACUUUUCUCCAACUGAUACAUAUACAAGAGCCAUAUUUGAGUCAUAAAGAAGGUAUCUGUGAAUAUAAUGAUGAGUAGAAACAAUACUGAACCUGCAACAUGUUUUCGCACUUAUCCAUGUGCAUCCUAAAAACGCCGCCACAAGGUUCAAUGGUAAUGUUUUCGAAUUCUACUAGUGUGUAUUCGCUAGACGCGUAGUAAUACGAAUUUAUCUUUACAAAUGCCGGAGUUCUUCCGAAAGUGAAUUCAUUUAGGCAAACUUUAGAAAGGGUUCUAUUUUCCAAAUUAGGUAUUUUUCCCUAUCCAUAUUUAGAACACUUACUGCUGUGGACUCUUUGAAAGUUAAAGCUUUAAAAACCAAAUAACUGUGAGGAUAAAUGAAGCGAUUCGAUAGCACUGCAGAAGAUAAUCGAUCGUUGACGAUACAGUUCGUUUUGUAAACUCGAUUUUUAUUAGAUAUUUGCUGUUUAUUCACCUUGCAAGAUAUUACAGUAAUAAGACUUGAGCUUACAAGGAUGAAAAAGAAAUUGUUUGUGCUCUAAUAUAUUUAAAACAACUAUCAUUUUCGAUUAUAUAUACCCCACUGUACCUAGAGGAAAGUCCUAUAUGCAUUGCUCUAGUAAGGCUGAGAAUAUUUGCAUAUUUGAACACGAUUAAGAUGUUGUUCAACAUAUGUCUGCGGAGAGGUCUAUGGACGGGGUAUCAUAAUGUGAAUGUUUUAAAGAAAGGAUAAUAGGUAUGAAAUUAUAGCAAUGACAUGUUGACCUCAGACCUACCUUAAUCAGAGCUGCCUUUACUGCUCUUUGAACAUAUUAACUACUACCUCUAUUGCUAUUCUCACUCCGGAAGCAAACGGAAUCUAUGGGUAGAAAUACAUUCUGAUAAACACUUAAAUAGAUAUUUCUUUUUGUGUGUCUUGUCCCUUAAAGUGUUGUGCUUAGAAAUCUAUUUCCGCAUGAUCUCUCUUUGUAGUAAUAUCAGAUGAGACGCUUUUUAAAGGAGCUGUAAUGGGACGUAAUUUCGUUUUUAAAUGCGUUGCAGUAUGUGCCCCCCCCCCCCCCCCCCCCAAAAAACCCACAAAAAAUGCGUUUAACACCGUGAACAGAAAGGACUCUUAAAGUCCAUAAAAAACCACGAUCAGUUAACGACGUCAAAGAGAAUACAGGUAGGCACUUAUCGGCCGUAACAGUGUGGGCUGUGCAAACCACAGCGGCGGACCCGUUGGAGACACUGUGAACACUGCUAACAGAACUCUCAGAUCAAACGGUGCCAUAAAUAAAACAUAUAUAGCUUGCUACUAAUUAGCCGGGAGACUCAUUUGACGUAAAUAGUAUUGACAUUUAUUUAAUUUUGUACUAUCAGGCUAAGUUCAUAGUUGAUUUUGAGCACCAAAAGAAAUAUAGUAGCUCUGUACUGUGCAACAGGUGUAGUAAAUAUAUGGGGAAAAACAAACAUCAAACAGGCCUACACUGGUAAAGGUUGCUAACUUCGUGCUUCUGCCUGUGCAUUACGUUGACAAUCCUUUCUUUCGGAAGAUAGUAACUAAUCAGACUCCUGGAAGUCGAUUGCAUCCGAGUUAUCCAGUCAUAUGGAAAUCGAUUUAAUUUUUUCACAUAGAGUCCGUAAAGAUUUACAAUAAAUUUUUUUUAUUUAUUAUUGGAGUUUUAAAUUGCAGCGAUUUCUUUAAUAAUAC